GCGCAGAGUGUCAGCGCCGCCGCGGGAGAGGCCGGCCGUGCCGUUCCCGCCGCCGCCGCCCCGCGCGCCGCCCGCCCGCCGCCGCCGCCGCCGCCGCCGCCGCCAUGGCCUGCCAGCCGCGAACGCCCCCCAGGUACGGCGGCCGCUGCGACGGGGGCGCCAGCCCGCCGUCCCCCGCGAGGUGGAGCCUCGGACGGAAGCGCAGAGCCGACGGGAGGCGCUGGAGGCCCGAGGACGCCGACGAGGGCGAGCGCCGGGGCGCCGACCGCAGACCCGAGAGCUUUACUACCCCUGAAGGCCCCAAACCCUACCCUAGAUGCUCGGACUGGGCAGACGCAGUGGAAGAGGAUGAAAUGAGGACCAGAGUCAACAAGGAGAUGGCAAGGUAUAAGAGGAAACUCCUCAUCAAUGACUUCGGAAGAGAGAGGAAGUCGUCCUCCGGGAGCUCUGACUCGAAGGAGUCCGUGUCCGCGGUGCCGGCCGACCUGGAGACCGACGAGAGCGUCCUCAUGAGGAGGCAGAAGCAGAUCAACUACGGGAAGAACACGAUCGCCUACGACCGCUACGUGAAAGAGGUGCCGAGACACCUGCGGCAGCCUGGCGUUCAUCCCAAGACCCCCAACAAGUUCAAGAAGUACAGCCGACGGUCGUGGGACCAGCAGAUCAGACUCUGGAAGGUGGCGCUGCAUUUCUGGGACCCCCCGGCUGAAGAAGGCUGUGACCUGCAGGAAAUACACCCCGUAGACCUCGGGGACGUGGAGACGGGAUCUGCAGAGAGCUCCGGGUCCCAGUCGAGCUCCCAGGCUGACUCUGACACGUACCGCGGCACGCCCACCAAGGUCCGGCACGUGGACCGCCAGCUGGAGGACGAGUUUGACUUGGAGGCCUGCCUCACGGAGCCCCUGAGGGACUUCUCCACCAUGAGCUGAGCGCCAGCCCGCUGCGCACUGGCUGCUGGGCUCCGUCUAGGUGACUCAUGAAUCUUUUUUCUUCAGACCCGUUCAUUGUGUGUGUGGUGCGUUCCGCGUGUUCCCACUGCAAGUGCGGCAGAGCCGGGGGUCGUCUCAACGGAACUGCUGCUGUCUGCUCUCCCAGGCUGAGCUGGCGAGUGGGUCCACCGGCGGCCACGGCGGCCACCGCGGCUGCGGCCCGUCGGGCGGGUGGGGGCGGGGCUGUUGCCGGGCUCACAGGACCAGCCGAGCGCAGUGUCCGCCCCGGGAUCUGGCAGUGCAGACGCCGCGAGCAUCCCCUUGGCACCGCGCGCCUGCGAGUGCCGGCGUCCAGGCCUGAGGGCCGGGCCCGUGUGAGCUGCAGUCCUCCCUUGGUACUGGUACGCAGUGCUCGGGUACUGGUACCGGUGCUCGGCCAGCUCUCGACCCAGUACUCCGAGUUGAGGCAGCAGAGGGACUCGGAACUCCUGACGGUCGUUGGCCUUGCAAGUCGCUGUGAGUGACGCCGUGUACAGUUUCCGUUCAGGUAUUCAGUUGUAAACUUGCUGUUCGGAUGUUACGUUCUGUGCUUUUGUAUGGACUGAUACUGCAGAAAUAAAAGAGCCUUCGUGGC